CCAAGGAUCUGCUGGGGGAAGGAGCGGUCUUCUCUGCACAGCCGGAAGCCCAUCCUGUCCACUGCUGCUCCCUCCCGCCAGCAGGGCUGCAGGCCCCCAGAGGCCAUUGGGGAGCAGCUGCAGAGGGAAGGAAGACAGCUGGGAGCUGCGUUUUACAAGGAGCUCGCAGCUGCUGUCUCAUGACUGGCUCCGUCUCCUGGAAGGUGGCUCUGCGCUCGAAGCCAUAAAGAAAAGGAGGAGAGAAGCGGCAGCAGUGCAGGGAGCUCCAGCUGCUGGGAGCCAAGGCAGAGAGGGGGCAGCUGUACCCCCUGCCCCGCGCUCAGCCAGGGACAAUGAGCUGCCCGUCCACCCAGAGCGGGGAGCAGAUCGAGCCGCUCAGGUACCUCAGCCGCGUGGAGGCGGAAGCCAUCGAGAAGGAGCUGCUGGAAGAUUACAAAUUUGGUCGGCAGCAGCUGAUUGAGAUCUGGGGACACGCCAGCGCCAUGGCUGUGACCAAGGUGUUCCCUCUGCCAUCCCUCCCCAGGAAGCAGCCCACAGUGCUUGUGGUGUGUGGUCCCGAUCAGAACGGCGCCAUCGGCUUGGUGUGCGCACGGCAUUUGCGGGUGUUUGAAUACGAGCCGACCAUCUUUUACCCCAAGCGGUCCCUGAAUUCCCUGUAUCGGGAUUUCACCACCCAGUGCGAAAAGAUGGACAUCCCCUUCCUCUCAUACCUGCCGACGGAGGUCCAGCUGAUCAACGACGCCUACAACGUGGUGAUCGACGCCAUCCUGGGAGCCGACGCCGAGCCGGGGGAGGUGAAGGAGCCGUACACCAGCAUCUUAGCCACCCUGAAACAGAUCCGGAUCCCCAUCGUCAGCCUGGACGUGCCCUCAGGGUGGGACGUGGAGACGGGAAACAGCGAGGGAAUCAGCCCUGACGUCCUCGUCUCCUUGACCGCGCCCAAGCAGUGCGCCACCCGCUUCCUGGGCAGGCACCACAUCCUCGCCGGCCGCUUCCUGCCCUACGACGUGCAGAAGAAAUUUGAGCUCAACCUGCCCGAAUACCCAGGCACAGAGUGUGUGGUUUCACUUUAAGGCUCUGGGGGGGCGGGGAUGGAGAGGGGAGUUUGGGG